GUUGUCGGUAAACCUUUUGCAACUCUGAGGAAACGUGAAGCUAAAGGUCAAUUGAUGGUUGUCACAAUCGAUGAAUUUAAAACCUCUAAAACAUGCAGCCUCUAUUUCUAUGAUGAUAUGCAAAUUGUUGAUACUCCUGGAUUCAAGGGUACCGGCCUAUGGCAGAGAGACGUUAACGCCGCUAUCAAUAGGAUGACCCUAUCUCGAGCAGUUUGGUAUGGAGCCGGAAGACCCGAUGUUUUCAAGCCAGCGAAGAAGAAAAAAGUAUCACCGUAA